AUUUAUCAUAGCCAGUCCGCUCCACUCCACCCACAUGCAUGAUUUCUGGGAGGUUGAACAUAACCAGAGAACCUGUGGAACUCCGCCCAGGCAGCAUUUCGAACCUUGGCUCACACCGGGGACGCUGAAGAUGUGCUCUUCUGAUCAAAUUCUAUUCGAUUCUCUCCUAUUGUGAAUUCCUUGUUCUUUUGAUAAGCAAAUAAAUAACCACGAAUCAAUUAGUAUGCAAAUUACAUGGUGAGGUCACGGGGUAACUUCUUGCCACAUUUUAAGCAUUUAUAGAGUCAUUUCUCCUGAAUUGAGUUGACAGCACUGAGCUUGUUUCACCCAGGUGACUGCACCUCUAGCUCAUGCGGGUGUGUGUGUUAGAUUGAAGAAUUCAAUUGUUUAAUAAAACUCAAGGAGCUCGUAAUGGUAGAGCUCUGCUCUAUAAUGCACAUAGCUGUUGCGCGCUCUCUCUCUCUCUCUCUCUCUCUCUCUCUCUCUCUCUGUGGCGAAGUGCCCCUGCGCAGCCCGAACUGCAGCAAUGAAACCUUCCUAGUUCUCCCAGCUGUUCGCGUCUCAUCCUGAGUUUCGGAGAGCUCUGGCACACGCGGGCGGCUCCUUCUGCGACUCAGCAAGCUCGUGGGCGAAGGACUGCACACAGAGCACGCUCUCUCUCUCUCUCUCUCUCUGUCUCUCUCUCUGUGUGUGUGUGUGUGGGUGUGUGUGUGUCUUUGUCUUAAUAUAUUUACUCUCGUGCGAAGCAUCGCGCUCUGGUCCCGGUGCACUCCCGUGGAGGACUUUUUUUUUUUUUUUUAAAUUCUUUCUAUGACAAGGCACCACGCAGAGCUUUUAGCUUCUACACACUACAUCAGCACGGCGCGAGCGACCCGUCACGGCGGCGUGCGCAUACAGAUGCAUGCGUGCGCAGGGAACGGAGGCGCGAGCUGAGCAGUGAUGGCGCGCCCGUGGGGCGCACACUGUCUGUGCUGGAGCCUCGUGACAGCCUUCAGCGUGUUUCUGUCGCCCGUGGGGGGCAGAGGAAAUCGAGCCGGGCUUUCGGCUUCAUCCGGAACCCUACCUCGCUUCCUUCAGGAGCCUGAUGACGCUUACAUCGUCAAAAGCAAUCCAAUUAAGCUUCGGUGCCGAGCUAGACCCGCACUGCAGAUCUUCUUCAAGUGCAACGGGGAGUGGGUUCACCAGAACCAACACACAUCCCUGGAACACAUUGAUCUGGGAACAGGUCUGAAGAUUCGUGAAGUGAUGAUAAAUGUCUCUCGGCAGCAGGUGGAAGAUUUUCAUGGUCCAGAGGAUUACUGGUGUUUGUGUGUGGCCUGGAGUCACCUGGGCACAUCCAAGAGCCGCAAAGCCUCAGUCCGCAUCGCAUACCUAAGAAAAAACUUUGAGCAGGAGCCACAGGGGACAGAGGUGCCAAUUAAAGGCAUGAUCGUCCUCCACUGUCGUCCUCCAGAGGGAGUUCCUCAAGCUGAGGUGGAAUGGCUGAAGAACGAUGAACCAGUCAGCACACUCGUUGACACUAAUUUUGACACGCAAGCAAAUCGCAACCUGAUUAUUAAAGAAGCACGACUCUCAGACUCAGGAAAUUACACUUGUGUAGCCAGCAACAUUGUGGCUAGAAGACGUAGUGCUUCAGCUACUGUUAUUGUUUAUGUGAAUGGAGGGUGGUCAUCAUGGUCUGAAUGGUCAGACUGCAGUGUGCCGUGUGGCCGGGGUUUUGUGAAACGCACGCGCACAUGCACCAAUCCAGCGCCACUGAAUGGAGGAGCAUUCUGUGAAGGUAUUUCAAUACAGAAGAGCAGCUGCUCCUCACCCUGUCCAGUGGAUGGUGGCUGGUCCGGGUGGUCUCUCUGGUCUGUGUGCAGAUCAGAGUGUGAACGUUGGCGAGAUAGAGAGUGUGUAAACCCAGAGCCCAAACAUGGAGGGAAGGUGUGUGACGGAAGUGCGCUCGACACAGAGAACUGCACUGGUGAUCUGUGUACUCAAGAUAAAAAGCUCCUGCAUGAUUUGAAGGUUCCUCAAGCUGAGGCAGAGGUCAGCAGUGAUGUGGCUCUAUACUCAGGCCUGGGAGGAGGUGCAGUCGCUGUGGUGAUACUGAUCGUCAUUGUGACACUCUAUAGGCGGAGCCACAGUGAGUGCGGUGUUGACGCUAUCGACGCUUCUGUACUCACUGGAGGAUUCCAGUCCUUCAGCUUUAAGAGCAACACACAGGGUAACCCGUUACUGAUGAAUCCAGGUCGCUCCGUGUCAUAUUCGAGCCCCAUGUGUUUUCCUGACUCGGUGGAUAAAGAGCUCAUUUUCCACCCAUUACCUGACGUCAAGGUCAAAGUUCACAGCUCCUUCAUGAUGUCGUUGGGUGUGACUGAAGGAAUGGACCCUCGCUCAAAAGCUCCACACCUUACAUUUCCUCAUGAUGGUAUGAUCGAGGGCAGAAGCAGGAAGGCAGACUUUCCGGUAGCUCCACCCACUAGCAUGCCAAUACUCAAGACCAGUGGGAACUUUGGGCACAAUGGAGGGAGACUUGUGCUGCCACACACAGGUGUGAGUUUGCUGAUUCCUCAUGGGGCAAUUCCCGAGGACACAAGCUGGGAAAUGUAUAUGAGCAUCAAUCAGGAAAUCACUUGCGUUCUCUCUGAUGAUGAGGUUCUUUUGGGUCCAGAGGUCUCAUUUGGUCCACCAGGUGUAAUCGUGUCAUGUCCCGUCGCCAUGACAAUAUCACACUGUGCAGAUGUCUCAGAGGACUGGAGUGUAAGACUUAAGAGACAAACACAUGGAGACAACUGGGAGGAUGUGACGUGGAUGAAAGAGGACAGCUCUUCAUGUUACUGCGUGCUGGAGUCACAGCGCUGCUUUGUGCUUGUGGAUCAGCCGGGCCGCUACGCUCUGGUCGGAAUGCCGAUCAGCGAAUCUGCAGUGAAAAGACUUCGUAUCGCGGUGUUCGGAAGCUCAGAGGGCGAUGUUUACACGCUCCGCGUUUACUGCAUGGAUGACACACCACAUGUCUUCCAGGAGGUGUUGUGGUCGGAGCACGCUCAGUGCGGUCGUCUCCUGGGAGAGCCGAGCACUCUGUUCUUCAGUAGGAGUUCCUCGAACCUGCAGAUCUCCAUCCAGGAUGUUUCACCACACUUCCUUUGGAACAUCAAACCCUUUGCCACCUGCCAGGAGUUCUCUUUCACUCGGGUCUGGUGCAGUACUGCAUCUCCUUUGCGUUGUGCCUUCUCUCUGCAGUGCCACAACCCAGCGGCCAAUCAGCUCUCGUGUAAGAUCAGCGUGCGGCAGAUCAAAGGUCAUGCGCAAAUCCUGCAGAUCUGUACCACUGUUUCCGAGAGCCAAAAGGAGGUGCCAUUUUUCUCAAAGUCAGAUUCUACCAUUUCCUCUCAGAAGGGGGAAAAAGCUUUUAAAAUCCCCCUCUCCAUACGGCAAAGGAUCUGUGCCACCUUCGACACAGCCAAUGCCAAAGGCAAAGACUGGCAGCUCCUAGCUCAGAAACUGCACAUAAACAGGAAUCUGGGUUACUUUGCACGGCAAUCAAGUCCCUCAGCGGCGAUUCUGUGCUUGUGGGAGGUUCAACAUCAGGAACGUGGAGAUCUGGACUCUCUGGCCAGUGCCUUGGAGGAAAUCGGACGUGUCCAGGGCAAACAGUCUGGCAUUAUAUGUAAUCAGGACCACCCCAAACAGCAGAGCAUCAUAGGUAACAUGGACGAAACCAAACACCCAGCCAAUUCCCUCACCUUCAACUAUUCAAAAAACUCAUCUAACAUCACUAUCAUGUUGGACAAGUCGGAAAAAGUGGAUGAUAUUCUUAUCAUGGACCGGUCAAGACACGAUACAGGCAAAACUCCAACGACUGACUCCACUAUUGGUCUUUACAACAAAGACUUAGACUCAGACCACACCUAGGAAAUGUUAUGCAGAAAACAAGCAGCCAAUAGCAACGUCUACUGAAGAAAAGGGUGGAGACCAGGAGUCGCUCUUCUCUCUGUUGGACUGUGGGGAAAAGAAAAGUGUUGAGAAAUUCAAGGUUAAGGAGAUAAAGCGACGCAGCGUUUGUGUUUGUCUGUGUGCGUGAGAGAGAGACACACACACACACGUGAAAAGGUUAAGUAACUUUUCACACUGGAUUUAUAGGUCUGGACGAUACAGGAGCCUGAAUUGUGGCAAAGAAAUUACUCAAUAAAUCAGAACUGGAAUUGUUGAGGACCCCUAAAAGGGGUGGAGUCAGACUUUUGAACUCCUGCCCCCUUUCACAUCCAUCUCUGACACCCCCUAGUGGCUUGCGAAAUAUCGCCGCGCCAUCAUUCCAAAUAUUUGAAACCGUCUUGUUUGACUUUUUUGCUCUUUCUUUCAUUCACAAUCGAGACAGAAACGACAGAUGAAAUGGAUGGAGAGAUGAGCAGAUAAGACAAGCGGACAGAGCAUUAUAACAUGCAC